CACGAAUCACGACUACCCUAGGACCUCUUGGAUGCCGUAUAGCUGGUGCUGAGAGUGCGCCCCUUUACUCCAGAUUGUCCUAAUCUUUCUACUUUUCUGUGACCAUUUUUAACCGCCGUAAUGGACGUCCCUGAGCCCGAGCAGACGCCGUUUACCGCAGUCUCCGCGCAGACCUCGAAGCUUGCUAGGCAAUACCAAACCUACCUCGACGCCUCGACCCCUUUCACAGCCUAUCGCUGGAUAGGCACUGCCGUGCUCCUUUUCAUCUUCUUCUUGCGCAUCAUCCUCGCCCAGGGCUGGUACAUUGUCGCAUACACCGUCGGGAUCUACCUCCUAAACCUCUUCCUCCUUUUCCUACAGCCCAAAUUUGACCCCUCUCUCACACAAGACGAGGGCCUCGAAGAUGGCGACGCGGGUGCCCCCAGCCUCCCGACAAAGCAGGACGACGAGUUUCGCCCUUUUAUCCGCCGUCUCCCCGAGUUCAAAUUCUGGCACUCGGCUACCCGCGCCCUGGCCAUCGGGUUCCUCUGCACCUGGUUCUCUGUCUUUGAUAUCCCCGUCUUUUGGCCUGUACUUGUGGUGUACUGGAUUCUGUUGUUCGUUUUGACGAUGCGCCGACAAAUUCAACACAUGAUCAAGUACCGAUACGUGCCUUUCUCCUUUGGAAAGGCCAGAUAUGGCCGCUCAUGAAAGCUGACUAAACGAUUUACCACUUUUCUCCCUCUUUAUCUCAUGAGAUGACGGCACGGAGUAUUUGCCAUCCCCCGUUGGGGAUGUGCUUGGACAUUUUGUUAAUUCUCUCUUUUCUCGCUUCUCUCCCAUGAGUUGUUUGCAAGCAUCGAUGCGCUUCGUUGGAUUCCUCGGAAGUUCAGCAUGGCCUAUCUAUUUGGUUUGCGAUAGAGGAAAGGAUGAGGAUUGUAGCUUCUAAUGCAUACUUUUACUUUUCUUCUCUUCGGCUCUUACGUUUUCCUCCUGACGAUGAAUUUGUUUCGCUGUACAGAGAGUGUCGUGCGCACGCUGCUCGCUUUUCACUCACCCUAACACCUAAUGUUGAUGUCGCCUCUGCUUAUGCCCUAUGCGAGAGCCUUGUAUCUUUACGUGCAUGAUUGGCAGGA